AUGGACAACCCUAAUUUUUCACCUGGCAAAAGGCCGUUUAACGGUGAAAUGCAUAGUUCGGCGUUAGAUCAGCCAGUUGACAUUCUUAAGAGAAGAAAACAUUCUGACGUGCCAAGGUCUCUUGAUGAGAUAAAUAGAAAGACGGAAAUUAGCUUUCAGCAGCCGUUUUCUGCACCCAUUCUUCAUUCAGUUCCUCCAUCCAUACUACCAAUUAUUUAUCCACCCUUCCAAACGCAAGAUUUUUUCACCGAUGUAACUUCUGAUAUAACGGAUCCUAAUAUUGCCAAACAGAUUAAGGGGAUCUUGCAAAAUUUCCCACCUCCAAUUCCACCAUAUUUGUCUAAUGAAAUGGCCCCACCACAGGGGGGUAUGAUGAUUCCAUUUAUUUACCCACCACCUCCAGUUAUCAGAAGCGAAGUUCCUAGAGAUGGUCAAAAAGCAGAUGCGACAGCAAUGCAUUCUCCUACAACCGACGAAGAGUAUGUUGAAAUGCCGCCGUUACCAUUUCCUCCACCAAAUUACAUGCCAUACCCGUUAAUAUCAGAUCAAUCUUCCCUUACUCCUGCUGAGGUAUUUGCAUCGUUUUUGGAAGCGCUGCAGAAAUUACCAAGAAUUGAUAUGGUUUUGGCUAGUGCAGCUGGUUCACUUUUUGAUUUAAGAAUCCAGGCGAAAGAGGAAGGCUUUACAUACGAAAAAUAUGAGAUCUUGAAAAGCAAGAAGUUAGAAGCUUUAAAAAAUAAAAGGUUAGGACUUUCGACUAGAGAAUCCGAAGAAGAAGAAGAACUUGAUUCCGAUGAUUUUGAAGAUUAUAUGGAAUAUGCUUCAAAUAUUGAUGUAACGGAUGCAUUUGAUAGUUAUGCUAAGCUGAAUUUUGCUGAUACCUUUGAAUCAGAUUGUGGCUGUCCUCCAAGUUAUUUGAAGAUAACCCCAAAUGUGAGCGACAUUAAAAAUCCUUCAGAGAAACACAUCAAAACUGAAAAAAUGAAUGAUGAGUAUUUCUUAGAUCCAUCUGCUGAAUUUGAGGAAAUGCAACCAUUAAGCUCUAAUAAAGUCUUGUCACAUUCUAAUAAAGAUAUUAGUUCUGCAAAUGGUAUUAAUAAAGAAAAAAGAAGGAAAGAAUUAGAAACAUCGGUAUACGAAUUGUCAGAAUUUGAAUCUAAGCAUAAGCAUGAUAUAUAUAUUACCAAAAAGAAGAAGUUGUUGGAAAGAUUGCAAAAUUUAAAAGAUUCUAGAAUCCAGUUCUUGGGAUCAGAUGAUCAAUUAAAAGACGAGCAACUAUUGAAUUACAAGAAACUUUUGGAAGAACGUAGGGACGAAGAAUUGGUGAGAUUGAAAAUUAAUUUCAAUUACCAGUAUUUAAAGAAUUUAUUAAUAUUUUAUCAAGAGUCAAACAAGGUCUACAAGAACGUAAAUGCAUUAGUGUUGAAUAAAUUGAAGAAAUUGAAGAAUUUCUUUGAAUUCCAAAAGAAUCUAUUUGAGGAUGCUAUAAAAAACGGGGACUCGAAGGAUGGCAUAUUUGAUGUCAAGAGUAAAGAAUCUAGUAAGUUGUUUAAUGGAAUAUCUGAGAAGGAUUUUCACGCUGGAGUUAAACAGAUUAUGAAUUCUACAAGAAGAGAAACUGAUAAAUCCAAGCAUUCUGGAAGUACUGCUCCAGUUGUUCAUGACUUUAUGCCUUUGAUAUCUGCUGAUGAAUUCAAUAUAAUUACCGGAGACUUCCCAAAUAAGAGUAAACAAUCGAAGGAUUCUUCAAAGUCUGCAACAUCAAAAGCAUUCGACAGUAUUAAGCAUCAUAUAUUCCAAAGCUCCUUGUACGACCCAAUCACUUCUGGUUCAGAUACUAAUAAUGCAUCGGAGAGUACAACAGGCACGCCAUCAAAAAGAAGAGGAAGAAGAGGUGGUAAUACACCCGGCGAUAAGUUAAUUGAUGAUAGUGACAAAUCAAGUUCAAAAUACACAGAAUCCUUGCUAUUGGCUAAAAUAAUGAAGCAUUUUAUAGGGCCUCAAGGUGCAAAUCCAGAUGAACUAACUGACGAUUUAGAAAUAAUGGGUGUGAAAACAAGGUGGCCUGUUCAAUAUACCAAAUAG